GUUUUGAGAACAUUUACACGUCAAGCACUUCGUGUAAUGUCAAUAACAAGUAAUGUAUGUUCAGUAAGACUAUAGUACACAUAAUUCGAUGUGUUCCAUAUAUCAGUAUGUCUGGGCCAAGGCAGGAUGUUAAUCUCGAAUUGGAUGAUGAUGACGGGCAAAACAAACGUGUUAACAACACAAAACAAGUGGACGAUGCUGACAGUAAGCAUGAGGAUGUUAACAUAGAAUUGGAUCGAAUUGUGCAACAAGACGAUGUUGAAAACAUCAAACAAAUUCCAGCUGACAUUGCUAUUAAAGGUGACAAUAAAGAGAACGAGGGAGAACAAUACCAUCAUCAACAACAACAUGACAUCAAUGAUGAUGAAACAAAGACAGAAAAGGAUAUAGCAUGGCACAACAGGGCAGACAUUAUGGCGCUGAUCGGCGGGAUUGCAUUUAUAAUUGUCCUUAUUGGUGCAAUAUUCGCAAUGGGUGGUUGGCGAGAAUGGGACGCACCAUCCGGGUACUUCCACAAUGUCAGUGUGACCUCUAUGGAGAGGUUCCUACCGGAGCCGUACAUCCUUGAACCAGGUGUGAGAUGGAGGGAUUCCCCAGGGGCGGCGGGUAGAUGGUACUACUGGAAGCUACCCACGGAUAGGGUGACCAUUUGGAGCAGAUUGUUCAUGUGGAUAGCCUACUUUGGACACCAAUUGACAAUUUGGUGCGUCACUUACGCAGCACAGAUGGCAAAGGCUUCACGACCAAAAGGAGAGCCAAAGUAUACUGUAAAGAUGGAUCGGUUCAACUGGAUUUCCCUUGGCCUAAACGUUGUGUUUCAUAUUGUUCAUUUCGUCAAUACGCACACUACAUACGAUGGUAUAGCCCAAGAUACAGUAACUGCAAGUUCCCAGGGGUCGGUGAUAAUGGCCAUCGGACUUAUAUUAUUUAUGGAAUAUAAUGAGAAGGGCUUUAUCAUGGGUUGGCCGAUGCGACGAGACACGGACAGGUUCUCCAAGUUCAUCUACAGGGCUCCGCUGGAUUGUGUUUAUGUUGCUCGGAAGUACCAUGGCUAUGCGAUAUCAUGGGCUGCGAUCUAUACGUUCUGGUUUCAUCCUAUGGAGAACACAUAUGGCCACGCUCUCGGCUUCAUUCAUACCUGGAUCAUAUUGCUCCAGGGGAGUCUGAUGCACACCAAGUUCCAUCAGAACCGUUGGUGGAGAUUCAUCCUACAAUCAUGGAUGUUGCUACAUGGUGCGAUGGUUGCUUUCCAAACUGGCGAUCCCUCAAAGGUGGCAGAUUUCUGGCCCAUGUUCUUAUUCGGAUUUGCUUGCUUACUUGCCUUAUCAUGGAUUUAUAUUCUCCCAUUUUGGAAUAAGAUUUCAGGUUGGUUCCGGUUUAUACCGCCCCUCGUGUUUAUAGGGAUCAUGGUUGGAUCAUACAGUCAAAUACUCGAUCAAGAUGGCAAGCCUUACACCAGAAUGGCCGAAGUUAUCAGGAUACCUGGCUUUUUCUUUGCAACUUUUUUCAUUUUCUGGGUCUGUCUAAAGCUUUUUAUCAUAGCAAGUAUGAAAAUCAACGGUCCGUUAAAAGGAGAGCGUCCAUCUUCAUGCAAAACCAUCGGAAACGCAUUCGGAUUUUUUAUUAUAUAUGGGGCAAUGAUAGGCAUCUCAAUUAUCUUUCAUAUCAUUGACUUGGCAAGCGGCGCACUUAUGUUUAUUAUGAUCCCUGUAUAUUUUGUCGGGGUAGCCGCUUCUACCGUAAACCUUCAGCAAAUGAUUCCUAGUAGAUUCUCUGAUGUGAAUAACACGACCGGAGAUGCAGAUGCAGACCUCUCUCAAGUUGCAGAUGAACAACGUCAGAAAGGCUCUAAAUAUAAAGACACAUAUGUUAUUAAUGGUAAUCAAAAUGAAGGAUUUAACAAAACUGAAACUAGAUAGGAUCGGCAUCAUUUGCGGUGAGAUUUUUCCGAUUAAAAGCAGAACCGAUAUAAAUAUGACUAUCAGAUUAUUUUAGACGGCGCCGAUUAGAAUACCAUUUAAUCAAGCGAGUAACUGAAUAUGAAUCACACAAACAUGAUAUCAAAAGAAUCGAACAAUAGUACAGUAGUACUGAAUAAGAAAAAGCAUACGACGAACGGCAUACAGAUAAUGAUUAAAAUAUUUUUAAUUAGAAGAUUUCGUGUGAAAAUACAACUUUAGUGUCCUAGGUAAGAGUCGUUACCCAAAACUCGAGAUAUACAAUAACAUACACGUAUUUAUUAACGAAACUAAUCAUAGAGAAAAUAAAUAUAAAACGCUUUUAUUUUAA